UGCGGCGCCUCGCUCGCGGUGGGUAGCGUGGCGGCUCAUAUGAACAAGCACACCCUUAGCAAGAUGUAUACGUGCGACACUUGCGGCCGUUCUUUCACUACCAGCACCGUGCUCAAACAACACAUGGUGACGCACACAGGCGAGCGAAAGUACGUAUGCAGUCUGUGUGGCAAGCGGUUCACGCAGAACGGAAGCCUCAGCCUGCACGUCAGGACUUUCCAUCUCAAGCAACCCUACCCCAAGAGAAACAGAAAGACCACCGAGAAAGACGACGACGACGCCAUGGCUAUGUCGGCGGCUUGCUCCAAAGCCUUCGGGCCCAAGUACGUGCCCAGUAUGUACCCAUGGGUGCCUCCUAAGUAGGCAUCACUUAAAACACAAGGGAUAGAUCACCGGUCACAAGCAUCUGGUAUGCAAGGAGGUAUCUAGAAUUCUAGGCAUUGUCGCUAGGUACAAAUAA